UCAACGUUUGCUUCGGAGCUUGAACUUAAAGGGAUUUUUUUUUCUGCUCCCUCUAAGUAACAACAGCAUUCCACCACUUCACAAAUGGAGUCCACAACAGGAGGCAGUUGCCGCAGAGCUGCAGACUCUCCGACUGCCAACAAUGGAAGCACAUGUUCAAGAACAUCUUCAACUUCCAGCCCAUGCUGGAAGACUGAGCAAUGCAACUACGACUACUGCAUUGUCAAACCUGAAGACGGCGACGAAGCCCAGAACGCAGAUAAAUCCGUAUCCAAGUUACUGCGAGAGCUCUCUUUUGUGGAUAGAUUUUUGGCACUGUGGAUUAUUCUGGCUAUGGUCAUCGGAGUGUUGAUAGGAUACUAUGUUCCUGGAGUGCAGCCGGCUUUCGCCACCGUCGAAUUUAGCUCGGUGUCCGUCCCAAUUGCCGUCGGCCUCCUCGUCAUGAUGUACCCUGUGCUAUGCAAGCUUCAUUACGAAGAGCUCCCUUAUAUCUUUUCUCAAAGAGCCAUAUGGUAUCAACUUGGACUGUCUCUUAUUCUCAACUGGCUGGUUGGUCCAACUUUAAUGACUUGCUUGGCGUGGGCUACAUUGCCGGAUCUGGAAGGCUACCGCACUGGUGUGAUCAUGGUCGGCGUCGCACGAUGUAUCGCAAUGGUGUUGAUUUGGAACCAGAUUGCUAGAGGAAAUGCUGAAUAUUGUGCCAUCUUGAUGGUGGUCAAUUCUGUCCUACAGAUCGCUCUGUAUUCCCCUGUUUGCUACCUCUUUAUUAACAUCGUCCCCACUUGGUUUGGCGGUCAUGUGGAUGCUGAAAUUCAGUUGGAGAUGUGGCCAGUCAUCCAGUCUGUACUUAUCUAUCUUGGUAUUCCCCUUGGAGCUGGAUUCCUCACUCGUGUUGUAUUGGUUCGCCUGACAAGCAAGCAUUGGUACGAAUCAAAGUUUUUACCGCGCAUUGGACCUUUUGCCUUGAUCGGGCUACUGUACACUAUUAUCGUUAUGUUUGCUAAUCAGGGUCACCAUAUUGUCGCCAAUAUUGGAUCCGUGUUCCGGGUCAUGGUGCCGAUGGUGUGCUACUUUAUAAUCAUGUUCUUUGGAACGUUAUUUUUGGCGCGGGCGCUCAAAUAUCAAUACGCUGAGGCCGUCACUCAAGCCUUCACAGCUGGAAGCAACAAUUUCGAAUUGGCCAUUGCUGUCGCUGUCAGUGUUUACGGUAUCAACUCGGACCAGGCCCUCGCCGCUACUAUUGGUCCUCUCAUUGAAGUACCUGUUCUCCUUAUCUUGUCGUACUUGUGCUUAAUUUUUGAACAUCGCUUGCAAUGGCACACUGCUGAAGUAACAGAAGAGAAAUGAAACUUCACCUUAUUCGCCACACAAUGCUUACUAUUCGUAUUGACGUAGGGCAAUGUCUCACCCAUUACAUCAACCCUUUUCCUUUCGUCAUUUGUCUUCUUUA